AUGCAUCGUGCAUGGAUGUAUGGUAGUCGUGAUACGUGUGAAUUCGUAGAUGGGUUCUUUGAAUUUUGUGAUGCUGCAUUAAGUCAUCAGGCUGCAAUGGGAACUGAGGGAUUUUAUUGUCCUUGUGUUGAUUGUGGUAAUGUGGGCAUGGCUAGUAACAUUGGGUCACUGAGGCAGCAUAUCUUUCGUCGCAAGUUUAGGCAAGACUACCAUAGUGAGUUUGAUGUCAUUGAGAAUGAGAAGAACCUCGAGGACGAAUAUGAGAAUAUUGAAGUAGAGGAUGAUGAUGAUGAUGGGGACCAUAUCGAGGAGAUGAUGGAGGGGGUGGAUGAUCAUGCUGGGAAACGGCCUCGUAUUUUUGAGUGCAUGGCUGAGGCGUCUCAGAAACCGUUGUAUCCCAGUUGUACGAGGUACACAAAGCUGACGGGCAUGAUAACACUCUUCAAUAUCAAGACGAAAGCCGGUAUAAGUUACUCUGCUUUCACAUCCUUGUUGCAAGCAUUUGGUGAUAUGUUGCUGGACAGCCAUGAACUACCCAAGUCGAACUACUAUGCUAAGAAACUGAUGUGUCCCUUCGGGUUGGAAUACCAGAGGAUACAUGUUUUUCCAAACGAUUGUGUGCUAUAUCGAAAUGAAUAUGCGAAUAUGGAUGAGUGUCCUCGAUGUGGGAGGUCACGUUACAGGCGCACAGGGGUUGGUGAUAAGAAAGGGUCUCCAGCAAAGGUGAUGUGGUAUCUUCCGAAUAUACCACGAUUCAAGCGCAUGUUUUCAAUCAAAAAAGAUACUAAGAACUUGAGGUGGCAUGCAGAACGAAGGAAAAAUGACGGUUUUCUCAAACAUCCGGCUAAUGCUCCUGAGUGGAAGGAUGCACAUGCUGAUGAGGUAUUCACAUUAAAACCCAUGCUUUUAUACACUCUUAAUUACUUUCCUGCUUAUGAGAACUUAUCCGGGUACAAGAACAAAGGGAAGAAAGCAUUCCCGAUUUGCAUCGACGACACAAAAUCUAAAUACAUUUCUACUUGUCACAAAGAAGUUUAUAUGCGGACCCGAAGGUUCCUUCGACGCGACCAUCCUUAUCGUAAUAAGAAGAAGGUAUUUUAUGGAACAGUUGAGGAAGGGGUUGCUCAUAGGCCAUUGACCGGUAUUGAGGUUUUUGAUCAGGUCAAGGAUAUUAAGACGAUAUUCGGCAAAGGAGCGGGUGUUGGUGGUAAGGGACUUUGGAAAAAGGAGUCUAUUCUGUGGAAACUUUCAUAUUGGGGGGUCUAG